GGGCAGAGGCCGCGGGGAAUCUUGUGAAAGCAGUCUCUCGCUCAGGGAUAGACCCGCAAGCCGCAGCUAGCAGCAUGAUUCUGCUGGUGGUCCUGAUGCUGUCUGCGGAGGCCGGGAGCGGAGCUGUGACUAGCCUGGAGAAUCCAGAGCCGCCCUCCGUGCCUGUACCAACUAAUGUUCUAAUUAAGUCUUAUAACUUGGACGCGACCCUGUGCUGGGAAUACCCGGACAUGCCACAGACUCCUGUCUUUACUGCACAGGUCAAGAACUAUGGGAACGAAUGGGUUGAUGCCUGCAUCAACAUUUCUGAUCAUCAUUGUAAUAUCUAUGAACAAAUUCAAGAUCCCGAUAUGUCUGUCUGGGCCAGAGUUAAAGCUACUCUUGGACAGAAAGAAUCUGCCUACGCAUUGUCAAAAGAGUUUAUUAUGUGCCGACAGGGGAAAGUUGGACCGCCUGGCCUGGCCGUCAUCAGGAGGCAGGAGCAGCUCACUGUCGAUGUGUUUCACCCGGCCGUUAUUGUAAACGGAGAAAGGCGUGGGAUCAUGUUUGAGGAUGAAAGCGCCUACACCUUCUACUACACCAUAUACGUGCAAAGAAACAGGAGUGGGGAGAUCCUCUAUACAAGUCACAACAUUGAUAUAGAAGAUUGCAGUGAAACUCUGUGCCAGUUCAACAUCUCAAUGUCCAAACUGGAUUCCAGAUACUGCGUUUCAGUAAAUGGACACUCAGAAUUCUGGGACAUUACAACAGAAAAAUCAGAAGAAGUCUACUCCCUUUUCCAAAACUCAAGAAAAGAUUCGAUUUGGAUUCUGGUUGUUGUACCUAUUAUCGUCUUUCUAGUAGCUGUCCUGGUAUUUGCAUAUUGGCAUAUUAAGAAGAAUCCAUUUAAAAGAAAAAGCAUAAUGCUACCCAAGUCCUUGCUCUCUGUGGUAAAAAAUGCCACUGCCGAGACGAAACCUGAAUCCAAGUAUGUAUCACUUGUCACGUCGUGCCACCCAGCUGUUCUAGAGAACGAGACGGUGAUCUGUGAAGAGCACCUGUCCACAGUGACGGCUCCAGACAACCCAGGAGCAACAGAAUGUGAAGAACUUUCCGAUGAAACCAAGGCUAUGGACCCUGAAGGAAGCACUUCUGUGUUGGCCCCUGACAGCCCUCCAACCUCCAUACAAAGGGGCAGUUCUUCCCUUUUGAGUAGUGACCAGUCGGAACCCUGUAGCAUCACCACCUACCACUCCAGAAACGGCUCCGACAGCGGCCUCGUGGCAUCAGGCAGCUCCAUGUCCGACUCGGAAUUCCUCCCACACACUAACCCGGAAACAAAGACCGAAGAGCUCGAGCCCACCCCAGUGCGGAAGGCCCCCGCCUCCUUUGGCUAUGAUAAACCACACGUGCUGGUGGACGUGCUCGUGGAUGAGGGCGAGGGGAAGGAGUCUUUGAUUGGGUAUAGACUCACAACCGAUGCCAGAGAGCCGUCCUGAGACCACCUGAGUUCGGGCAAUGGCGAAGGAUCUGAUUGCCCUGGGUGGUUUUACUGCUUUGAGUUCAUGGAAAGAAGUUGUACCUCAGCUGGUAUUAACCACAUGGAAUGUCUUGAUGUAGAUCCAUGUGUAAGGAACCUGUGGGCCCUGCUGGGUUGACUCCGCAAACUCCAAGACUCUUUCAAAGGAACGUAUUGUUGCUUAUGAGCUCCUUUCUGGGUGCAUUACCAGCGGUGAAUUUUCCUGUAUUAACCCUGCUUCCUGCAGCCGCUGCUACUCCGUCCUUAUCACCUCAAGGGACAUGUUGGACGGUUUUUUUUCACAUGUCUUCAUAUUGUAAGUUCAUGUAUAUAGCAUGUUUACAAGUCUCACUUUGAAGGAAAAGCUGAAAGCUACUCAAAGUUGGACUUAAAGUUUAAUUCCAGCUGAUAGAAUGUAUCAGUGGGAGUUUGUACAUAUUUUUAUGGAGCAUUACUUGUUAUUUUUAAGUAAAAUGUUUUGAAACCAAAA